CUCUGUGGGUAUGUAAAAUAUAUUAUAUAGCAUAACAUCUUAUCGACUGUAUUUUGGUUUUUUUAUAUAAUCUACGAAAAGUAACAUCACAAAAAUACUGAACUCCGAGGAAGUAAUGUUAGCAGAUUAAUACUGUUUGUUGUUCUCUUGAGAAAUAUAUACCCAUAUAUAUAUAUAACAUAAGUAGACUAUUUUCGUAAAAUUUAACUUUGUAUUUAUUAAUUACUAUCAAUACAGUUGUGAAACAAAUAUUGCUCGAUAAGAAAAAAAUCAUGAAGAAAAAGCAAAAACACAAAAAUACUCUAUAUUAACCUGAAAACUAUAUGAUAAACAACACAUGAUAUUUCUUAAUAAGUACACCUAAAAGUACACUAACACUUCCUGAUUGUUCUGCAAUGUAAAUUCUUUUUAUUUCCAUUUAUCUUUUACAGGAUAUAUAGAUUUUGAAGUGUGACGUUAAAUGAUAUAAAAAUAAUAUUUUGAUCUUAUCUGUCACAUUAAUUCGAAUAUGGAUGUAUCGUUAGUGCCAGAAAGUUUUGUUAUAAUUUUGACUUUUGUUGUUAUUUUCGCGCUGGUGCUGCUAUGUUUUUCGGCACAACACAAAUAUUCAUUAACUUUUAUCAGUAUUAUAGUUGUUGAAUAUAUAUUUGAAGUGUUUCGUGUCAUAUAUUUUAUUAAACUUUACUGGAAUAGAACAAUUGUGAUCUUGUUUGAUCUUCCUAUCAGAAGUAUGCCAGUAGUUUCGAUGAUUUGUUCCGUACUACUUGGCACACUUGUAUUGACAUCAGUUCCAUUUAAAAAGUCGUUAGUAAAAGUCGUCUGCUUGAUCUACGUCUUUUUAGCGCUUAUACUAAUUAUUUUAUGGAACAAUUUCUUGUCAACAUGCUUGAUUGUGGAACAUCCUGAGCAAACCAAACACAUUUUCUGUGAUACAUUCCUGAAAGAUUCGAACCUGAUGGACUACUACCAAUGCAUCAACGAUGAGUCAAUAAGUAAACUACAGGUCUUUAACAAACCCAGGCCUAAUACGUCUUUUUAUUGCUUUGAGAAUCGGGCACCUUGGACCAGCAGUUUCUAUCUGGAGUAUUUGUUAUUAUGCGUCCCGUCUUUUGCAAUACUGUACAACAUAGUAUACAAAACGUCAUCAUUUUCUGAAAUGAAGAAUUCUUCAUCAAGGGAAACAUGUUCUAUCUGUCGUUUCAACAUAUCUCUUUACAACCAUACAAUUCCGCGCGCUCUCUUUAUAAUUUGGUGCGUUAGACCGACUUUGUUUUUAUUCAUUGCAUCCGGAUUUUAUCGUGCUACAUCGAUUUAUAUUGACUCAUUUAUAAUGAUAUCAUCAGUGACAUUUUUUAUCCUGGUUUUGUUUGACAUUCUUAAGUUCUAUCUUUUUCAAGAAAUGGAAUGUAUUGUUUACAAUAAAAGUGACUAUAACGGUGUCAUAAAAAACUGUGGACAACAAAAAGAGAGUUUUAUAGAUUGUGAGCAAAUUAAAUGCUUAGAAUAAUGCGCGAGCUACAUGAAUGCUUACAAUUGUGAAGAGCAAGAUGAAUGCUUAAAAUAAUAUAUAACUCUUGCAUGUGUCAUUUCUUAUAAGCUAGAAAGAAUUGCUGUCGAUUGGCAUGGUUGGUGCAAAAAUCUUAAUAUUUUGUCACAAUUUUGAGUAUUAUAGAAAUAUAUGUUUAAGUUUUGUAUACAUGUAUCCAUCAAAAAUGUGCAUAUUUUCAUACCAAAUGAUAUUGUUUUCUUAUUGACCCAGUAUAAUUUUCAAUGGAUAUAUUCAACCAUUUUUUUAUUAGUGGUAGUCUUAGAUCCUGUUAUGUUAGAAAAGGAAUCUUAACAAUUCAGGAUAUAGCUUCUUUAUACAAUUGUCAUAGUGUAUCAUUUCAAAACAAAUUAAUCAAAAAAAAUAAUCGUUUAAAAAAAGAAUUGGUUACUUCCUUGACAAACUUAAAAUUCAUUUUCAAUUUAAAUAAAAAAAAGUUUAAAAACGAAUUUUGUCAUCAUAACAUUUCAUAAAUUAUGUUUUCAUAUAAUGGUAGCUUUAUUCAAAAUUAAUUGAAUUUUGUAUAGAAUUGACUAGUUUAAGCAACAUUGUAUCUUAAAAUGAGGUAAGUAAAUCAUAACGUUGAAAAUGGUAUAAUAUCAAUCUUUUGUUAUUCAUAUUUGACAUGUAUAAAAUUUUAACUGUUUAUUUA